GACCACGGCACGGAAACGGCCCGGGGCUGGGCUACAGUCAGAUCCGGGGAUGGAGGGAGCCGGAGAAGAGGCGUGAAAAGGCCGGGGAGGCAGGCCCUGCUGACCUCCUGGAGGCCGGCAGCCUGCUGGCAGUGGAGGACCAGGCCACUCAGGAAAGGAAGGGGUCAGGAGGUCGGGCUGAGCGUUGGCAAGCUCGGUCUGCCGAGUAGGGAGCUGCAGGCGCUCUGUAGUUCAGGGCUCGGGCCUGCUUCGGGUUGUCCACACAGAAACAUAGAGCGGGCCUCGCGCGGGUGGGGGGGCAAGGCGCCCGGCGUCAGGGCGGGGCCUAGCGCAGCACUCGCGCUAGGGCCCGGGGGCCAGGACCUUUGGGGGUCUGAGCAACUGAGAGUGGUAGGGGGCUUCAGGCCCUCCCACUUCCGAGCUGGAUUGGCGAGUUAGACGCUUGUAGAUCGAAGGUUGGAUUGGGGUGGGGUCUCUGGGACGUUGGCCCGCUAAGCAAGGAUUGGGGGGAUUCAAGUGCUUAGAGAUCGAAGUCAGGUCUUGGGUAGGGGGAGUCAGACAAUUGGAAAGCCUAGGUGGUUAUUUGGGGAGGGGUCUUUGCGCUUUGGCGGAGCGCAAAGCUGCGCUUUUCGGCUUUGGGCCUCGUGAAGAGAGGCUUCUGUGAAAGGGUGGGCCGGCUAGGCCAGACCAAGAGAAAGUGAAUCAAUCAGGACUAUCAGUGGGCGGGGGGACCCUGAGUGGGGGGUCACAAAGGGUGAGACAUGGCCACCAGGCGUUUAACCGACGCUUUCUUGUUGUUGCGGAAUAAUUCCAUCCAAAACCGGCAGCUGUUAGCCGAGCAAUCAAUUUAGAGUUGCUUAACACCUGUUUUCUCACCUGCUGGUGCCUUGUCUGUCUGCCCCAUGCCUUUCUUCCUGCUCUCCCUACCUGGACCCACCUGACGGCAACAACACAUCUGCAGGAGCUGGAUGAGCCAGAUCAAGUCAGAUUCAUGUUCACAAGUAUGCCCAAGGAAAUUAAGAACUGAUGCAUGAAAAGAUAGGAAAACAGUUCCAAAUCCUAAGUGUCAAAAGCAAGUUUAUAAUACAGCUUGCUGAUGACCGUAUGGCACUGGUGUCAGGCAUUAGCUUAGACCCAGAAGCAGCAAUUGGUGUGACAAAGAGGUCACCUCCGAAAUGGGUGGAUGGAGUGGAUGAAAUACAAUACGAUGUUGGCCGGAUUAAACAGAAGAUGAAGGAAUUAGCCAGCCUUCACGAUAAGCAUUUAAACAGACCCACCCUGGAUGACAGCAGUGAGGAGGAACACGCCAUUGAAAUAACCACCCAAGAGAUCACACAGCUCUUCCACAGGUGCCAGCGUGCUGUGCAGGCCCUGCCCAGCCGGGCCCGCAGGGCCUGCUCGGAGCAGGAGGAGCGGCUGCUGCGCAAUGUGGUUGCCUCCCUGGCACAGGCCCUGCAGGAACUGUCCACCAGCUUCCGGCAUGCACAGUCGGGCUACCUCAAACGCAUGAAGAAUCGAGAGGAAAGAUCCCAGCAUUUUUUUGAUACAUCAGUACCACUAAUGGAUGAUGGAGACGAUAAUACUCUGUAUGAUCGGGGCUUCACAGACGACCAGCUGGUGCUGGUGGAGCAGAACACGCUGAUGGUGGAGGAGCGGGAGCGAGAUAUACGUCAGAUCGUGCAGUCCAUCUCUGACCUCAAUGAGAUCUUUAGGGACUUAGGAGCCAUGAUUGUAGAACAGGGUACGGUCCUUGAUAGAAUUGACUAUAAUGUUGAACAGUCCUGUAUCAAAACCGAAGAUGGCUUGAAACAGCUUCACAAGGCAGAGCAGUACCAAAAGAAGAACCGGAAGAUGUUGGUGAUCCUGAUACUCUUUGUCGUCACCAUCGUCCUGAUUGUCGUCCUCGUGGGUGUGAAGUCUCGCUAGCAGUGUAGGGUUCUCACACCACUGCGCUGAUUUCCUGGGUGUGGGGGCUCAGCCCGCACCCCCGGCUACUGCAGAGCUGCAUCCGUGGACUGUACGGGCACCAGGUGCAGGGUCCACCUCUGCCGCUGCCCCUCGCUGCACUGGCGCCCCGCGUGGGGGCAGUGGGCCUUUGUUUUCAUCUCUUUCAGGGUGCGAGGACCUUUACUCUUGUGACAGGGUGGAGGUUGGUUCUGUGCUCAGUUAUAGUUCAUAUUUUUUACAAAGUGAAGGUGAGUUGAAUGUUUCUGGCACUGCUGUGGCUGCUCAGUGUGGUACGUCUACGUGCUAUUUUUUUAGCAGUCAAGUCUGAGCAGCAUGUUAAAAUAAUUUUUGGAAAAAUUUUUUUUAAACCAUGUGGUUUUUAAGAAAUUUGGUACCAAAAAUUUAUGAGUAGAGGCAAAAAUGCCUCUUCAUCUUUCUCUCUAUAUUUUCCAGUUGAAACAAACCAAGAAGUCCUUUAAGAAUUUAUAAUCUGUUCCCCAUUAACUUAAUUUAGCUUUUCCAUCACUGCUAAUGAUCAGAGUAACAAAGUGUGAAAAAUAAGAAACCAUCAUUGAUGUUAAUUAACACAUUUAGAUGGGCCAGUUAAAACAGCUUCAUAAGUUUAAAUUAAUUGUAAAUAGAAUAUUCCUCAUUUAAAAUUUUUGCACAUUUCUACUGUAAACCAAAAGGGGUUACUAAGCAAAACCACCUCAGUUGAAAAGUUGGUGAUUUGAACCAAUCUCCCAUUAAGAGGAAGCUUGACUGUGUCAUGAAUGUCACAGACUGAGCCAGUGUGUCCUGGUUGUCCCUGGCCGUCCUCACUUCAUCACUUACAUACUAACCACAUAAUGACCUGUUCAAACCAGACUCCAUCUAAUGAACUGUGAAUUUACACAGAGGCCAUUUUAAAUGGGUCACCCCAUUUAGGAUUAGUGGAUCUCAAAUUAUUAACCAAACAUCACUCCAUUUCAAAGUAAAAUCUUCCACCAGUGGUUUGAUUUAUGGGCUCUUCCGCUGCCACUCAGCAAUGCUGGGAAAGUAGUCCUGUUCCCGAGGGCGGCAACUGGGAAACCCUCACCCGUGGGAGUGGGACUUGGUUUCCCUCGCUGUGUCAUUGCAGUGUCUCCCUCUGUGUUCCAGGAACUGGGGCCGGGGGGGCAGUGAUAACUCUGAAAACUGAGGCUGUUUGAGUUUUACUUGCCCAGUUUUAAUUGAUACCAGUGUAAUUUUACUGGCCUUUGUGUAAUUUUUUUUAUAGCUUUUUCAUUGUUUUUGCUUCUCUUAAAAUUUUUAAGAAGAGCAUGACCCCAUUAAAUGUAUUACAUUUUACUUGAACCGGUCACAUAAAAUGCCUCUCUAAAAUUGA